AUGCGUCGGUAUAUAGUGAAAGUGAAGGACGUAGGCAACUAUUACCACCGCAGAAUCAAUAUUCUUGGCGUUGUAGUUGAAUUCUCCAUUCCCUGCAAGUCCAACGGCUCUGAUUACUUCACUAUUCUCAAGAUUAUUGAUCAGUCUCAAAAUGAUCAAGAGUUAUGCGUCAAUGUUUUCAUGGCAAGUAUCAAUGCCUUGCCCCACAUACGAGCCCACAAAGACAUCAUCCUUCUCUGCGACGUUUGGAUAGAAAACUAUGAGCAAAAGCCUUCAGCAAUUUUCAACAAGACCUCUUCAUUUGCUCUCUUUGAUGGAAGAGUUGGUGAUGAUUUCAGACCCUAUCAAGUUUCUCCCACAUUUCGAUUUCUGGAUUCUGAUAAGGUCUUUAUCCGACGCUUGAGAAACUGGUCACAGAUUACCCCUUACGACGCCGGCAUUAGUCAACACGUAGUGUCAUUGGAAGAUAUUGAAGGAAAGUUGUUUGUUGAUCUAGUAUGCAAGGUUCUCUAUUCCUGUGAAGUAUCUAGUGGCAAGUGGAUGCUGUUUGUGUGGGAUGGAACUGAUGCACCUCCCAUAAGCAUAAAUACUAAGCUUACAGAUGAAGAGCAGAUUGCUCUACCUCUACAGAUUGAACCAGUACGUUUGCAUGAAGAUGUUUUACGCAAUUUUCCACAUGUUGGGACAGUGUUGAGAAUUGUAGCUGGUGAAGUAUACGAGGAAAGUGGUAUUCACUUUCAAUUUGUUGGAAAUUGGGUUAGGAUGCGUAAUCUUCACUGUAAAACCGAGUCAGGUUUGUGGAAAGGAGUUUUAACUCAAGCAACCAAGUGUCGACCUUUGUCUGAGAAAGACAAUAGCGUUAUUGACCGUUUAAGGGUUUGUAACGAGAGAAUAUUGGAACGGGGUCGGAUUCCUUCUGCCGCAAAUCCUAUUUCCGAAAUCUUGACUGUGACAGGUAACGAGCAGGCCCGUUUUGCAACAUUGUUGGAUCUUCUCUUGUCACCAUUGGUUCAUGGUGGGUUUAAAUGCAUUGUUCGCUUUGUGGCUGUUUAUCCUUCCCGCACCAAAUACUUCAAAUCACCUGCUGGAAAUUACAGAAUAAGAAUGACUUUAGAGGAUCCAACCGCAAGAUUACAUGCUCUAUUGUGUUUGGAUAAUGCUGAAGUGUUUUUCAGUGGCUACCCUGACGUUGAUACACUAACUACUAAGAUUAACAAGUUGCUCGGUGUUCAGGAAUCUGAAUCUUUCCCGAGGAAUCCACCAUGGGUUCAAUGUUGUAUAGGAUUCCAUUCCUCGGAUGAAAAUGAUGUCAUAGGGAGUAGGGAAUUUCAUAUAUGUAACACUAGGCUUGUUGCUUAG